UGUUUCUUAUUUCCUGAGCGGCUCACAUUGCCCACGUAGUUUCGGUGCCACUAGCGCACUCUUAGUUUCACCUGCAACACCACAGUACAUACCAUGGUGCACUACCGUAGUACGCGCGGCGGCGUUCGCGGCCUCAGCUUCGAACAGGCGGUGCUAACCGGCCUGGCAUCUGAUCGCGGCCUACUAGUGCCUGAGGUCAACGAGUUUCCGACGCUUCCGGCCGAUGCGCUCGAGAAGUGGGCGUCGCUUUCGUACCAGGAAUUGGCCGUAGAGGUCAUGCACCUCUUCAUCGAUGAGAGCGAGAUCUCGCGCGACCAGCUACGUCAGCUCGUGGCGAAGAGCUACAACUCGACCACGUUCCGCGCCGAGGAAGUGGCGCCCGUGGUCAAGGUGACGGACCAGAUGCUGGUGCUUGAGCUCUUCCAUGGCCCCACGUUCGCCUUCAAGGACAUCGCGCUGCAGUUCCUUGGCAAUCUCUUCGAGUUCUUUCUGAAGCGCAAGAACGAGGCGCUGCCCGCUGGCGCAUCCAAGCACCAGAUCACUGUCGUAGGCGCCACUUCUGGUGACACCGGAAGCUCCGCCAUCUAUGGCCUGCGCGGCAAGGAGAACGUCGAGGUGUUCAUCCUCUUCCCCGAGGGCCGCGUGAGCGCCAUCCAGCAACGCCAGAUGACCACUGUGUUGGACCAGAACAUUCACAACGUGGCCGUUAAGGGCACGUUCGACGACUGCCAGGCUAUCGUCAAGGACCUUUUUGCCAACGCUGAUUUCAAGGCCAAGUACAACCUGGGAGCCGUCAACUCCAUCAACUUUGCUCGUAUCCUGGCACAAAUCGUGUACUACGUGUGGGCGUACUUCCGUGCUCGCGAGCAGGGCGUGAGCGGUGAGGUUGCCUUCUCCGUCCCCACUGGUAACUUCGGAGACAUCCUUGCCGGCUUCUACGCCAAGAAGCUCGGCGUUCCUAUUGGCAAGCUGAUCGUGGCCACUAACGAGAACGACAUCCUUCACCGCUUCUUCUCCACGGGUAAGUACCACCGCCGCGACAUUGAGCACACGAUCUCGCCGUCCAUGGACAUCUGUGUGUCAAGCAACUUCGAGCGCUAUCUCUUCGCUCUGUCCGGCGAGAAUCACGACAUUCUGCGCGGCUGGAUGCAGGGCUUUGAGCAGACUGGUGAGCUCACGAUCUCAGGUGAGCUACUCACCAAGGCGCAGGACGAGAUGGCGUCGUACGCCGUGCUCCAGGAGGAGGUGCGCUCCACUAUUGCCGAGUACAAGAAGGUGCACCAGCACCUCUUCGACCCGCACAGCGCUAUUGGUGCUGCAGCUGCCAUGCACUUUGGCCAGGAUAACCUUGCUGACAAGCCCAACUCUGCGGUGGUAGUCGUUGGCACUGCCCACUACGGCAAGUUCCUUCCUGUGGUGUCCAAGGCGCUUGGUGUCGAUGAGUCGGAGAUCCAGCAACACCCAAUCCUCAAGGCGCUGGAAUCGCUGCCCACCCGGCUAUCGGUAGCCAAAAACUCGAGUGCUACGGUGGCCGAGCACAUUCGCAAGACUAUCGCGAUAAAGAACCAGAAGGCCUGCAGUAACUGCUUCAGUCUGUGGACGUCGGCCCCCACCGAGUGUAAGCUCGCCACCUUAGCACUUGCUGCUGCGACCGUCGCUGCUGCGUUCUUCGUGGCUCGACGCUCGAAGUAAACAGCUACGUAAGGAUGGCGGUCAAUACGAUAGUCUUAGCAGACUUUAAUCCGUAGUGUUCAUUAUGCGAGGGCAGCUUUCAUAGAGAAAAAAACAAGAAAUCAUGCCUGUCUUGACGCAUGAACAAUAACUUAUCGCGAUGGUAAUUUAUGUAGGACCAAGCAAGCUGAAACACGUGAACGUGACCACGACCUUAAACGCUUAGUUACUGAAUGAUUGAGUGGAUCUGCUUCUAUUGGACCUGGACACUUCCUUAUCUUCAUUUGUUGCGAGUGAAUCACAUACUCG